AUGAAGAAAUGCGCGAGGAAGGAGAAUGGCAAAGGCGGUGAGCGGGCUUUGGCCUCCCAACGAGGGCUCGCGCCAGAAGAUCGUGGAUCGCAUCAGCACCACCUCGUCAGCAUAUGCUUCUCUAAAGACAAGCGCGUGGACGAUGGGGUCGCACGGAGCCUGGCGGAGAGCAUCGAGGCGGAGGCGUUCGCGGCGACGCAGGCGCGCGCCAAAGCGCAGGAGAGGGGCGCGGCGGUGAAGGGCAGCGCGCUCGUCAUGAU